AACACUUCACUUCAGUUAAGCUCAAUGUCGUGUCUGCCAUCACUUCUGCAACAUGAUUUCUAUGAAUGUCUUUUUGUCUUGACUAAAUUACCCUCUUCUUCUUUUCUCUUUUCUUCUACUUCAAGUGCCACUUCUCACGCCACCUCACCACCAUUUUCUUGUAAAACUUGUCUUGCUUUCCUUAAAAUCUUAUAAGAGAGUGGUUGAUAAAUAAGCAACCCAAGGCCUAAACAAUGGGUAUGGGAACAAGCACUUUUGUGAUCAGAUGGAUCAACUUUCUCACCAUGCUUUUAGCUAUUGCUGUGAUAAUUUUUGGGGUAUGGAUGAGCACUCAUCAUGACAACUGUCGAAGGUCCCUUACUCUCCCUGUCUUAGGCCUUGGUGCCUUCAUCUUUGUAAUAUCUAUAAUUGGCUUCUUGGGUGCAUUGAAAAACAACUCCAUACUGUUGUGGAUUUAUCUCAUCAUGUUGUGCAUGGUUUUGGUCGCAAUUUUGGUAUUCACGGUGCUGGCGUUUAUUGUUACAAAUAAUGGAUCGGGUCAUAGUGUGGCUGGUUUGAGGUACAAGGAGUAUCAGCUUAAAGAUUACAGUUCAUGGUUUCUGAAACAGCUGAACAAUACCGAAAACUGGAAGCGCUUGAAGAGCUGUCUUGUAAAAACUCAAGACUGCAAUAAUCUAGCAAAAAAAUAUAAGACUCUUAAGCAGUACAAGUCAGCAAAACUGACCCCCAUUGAAGCAGGUUGUUGCGGACCACCAUCUGAAUGCGGUUAUCCACCGGUAAAUGCAUCAUACUAUGACUUGAGCUUUCAUCCUAUUAGUUCCAACAAAGACUGCAAGCUUUAUAAAAAUUCACGAGCUGUCAAGUGCUACAAUUGUGAUUCCUGCAAGGCUGGAGUUGCACAAUACAUGAAAACUGAGUGGAGAAUAGUUGCUAUUUUAAAUUUGGUUCUGUUUAUUGUUUUGUCAAUUAUAUACUUUGUGGGAUGCUGUGCAAGGCGAAAUGCUGUUAGAAGACGCUCCAAAAUUUGAAAACGCUCCAUCAAUGUGCUCAAAUAUAUGUCUCGAAGAAGGAAAUCUACUCUUGUUCAAGAAUAUUCUGAUGUUUUGUUGGAGUGGUUUCUUUUAAUUACUAUUUGACUAAAGCAAAACAGAUAGAUAAACAAUUGUUAUUCUCUCGUUUGAUGGUUCUAAAAGCUUGUGGCUGGAGGUCUCUAUUUGAAUUGCUGAAUGUUGUCUCAGUAAAAUGUGUUUAUUCUUCUGAGAGAAAAUUACUUGAACAAAUUAUGCAGUAUCUGUAAUUAUUCCCGCUGGAGUAUUGACUAUUGAGUGUUUUUUCUCUCGCA